AUGGACCCUGGCUUGUUCUGGACUUUUUUAGUUUCUCUGCACAUCACCAUCAUGUCUGCAGAAAGCCCAGGCCAGAAGCAUGGCUUCAAGGCCUUCGUUUCAAAUGCACUACGACCAAAAAAAUCCCGUCAAACACUCCGGAAGGCUAGUAGAUCGACUACAGACUUGCGGCUGGCCGCACGUCCCAGUGUCGACGAAGGGCCCCCUCCUCCUAUGCCAGCUCCUCCGAUGCCAGAGCUAGCCCCUUUGCACGCCCAUAGGCUCAAAUACAAGGAAUUGCAUGCGCAAGUGGAUAGCCAGCUCGGCGAACGCCGUGACUACACGGAGAUUAUUCAUUCACUAGGCACUGUUGGAGUCGACGAUGACGUCGGCGAGGUAUAUGAACACAACGACCGUCGCCCGCCAGGCGAGGGCGAUAUAGCGAGUCUAUCACCCAAGCUAUGGGCACGGAUAGCAAGCUUCCUGGAUCCCGCCGAAGCAGCAAGUCUAGCAAUUGCGGGCAUCACCCUAUACCGACGUCUAGGCCCCAGAUACUUCAUGGCCCUAGAAUAUCCCGAAAACCUCCCAUACAAAAUCACCUUCCUAGCCGGCCUCGACAUAUCUCUCCCUGCGCAUCUUCUCUGCAUACCAUGUGCCCGCUACCAUGUCCGCACCCAGCGCGGCACAGAACGCCUACGACCAACCCACGUCCUCAACCCACUCUUCAACUGUCCAAACUCAACCAAUGCCCUCAACCCUCCUCCCCGCCACCGCAUAACCCACGGCCGCAUGCUCCCCUUCACCUUCGUUCAACUUACCAUGCGCGCCCACCGAUUCGGCCCCUCCUACGGCCUAACCCCAGACACCCUAGGCCGCCGCUGGCAGCGCGACGACUGGUCCCACACCUCCCGAUUCCACGUCCACUCAGGCCGGCUCCUGAUGCGCGUGACAUCGCAGACAUUCGCAGCACCGGGACUUACACCCUCGGCGCAGCGCAUGCUCCUAUUCUCGCGCGAAGACUACUGGCCGUACUUUAGUGCAUGCGCACACUGGCGUGAUGGCGAACUCAUGCCCGCUUGCAAGUGUGCGUUGGAGCAUAUCCCGCGCCCACGCAGUACGGGUGGAUUACAGGGUCUUGAACAUCGUGUCAAGGAUCGCUGGGCGGGUGAUAUAUUCGAUCCGAAUGCGCUGACGACAUUGUGUGGCUUUUGUCGGCCGAUGAGGAGGUGUCCUGAGUGUCCGACUGAGUACUUGAUUGAGGUCAAGCUGUGUGAGGAUCGCGCGGAUGGAAGAUUCAAGCAAGCUAUUACUGUCACGCGGUGGAGUGACCUUGGAGAUGGGAAAACGCCGCAUGGCAUCCAGUGGGCUGCUAUUAAUGGGAAGAGAGAUGAUUAUAACUCGUUUCAGCAUGAACAUUAUGCGAAGCGGGGAAUUGCGAGUAUCUUCGAGGCUGCUUUUACGGCAGAUACUCUCCCUGGCCAGCGGGUCAUUUCACUCAAUCCGAAGAACAAGAAAUUGGGGGAGAAGGGCCAUGAUUGGUAUUAG